AGCGAUUUGGUCACACUUGAAACAAUUUUUCUUAUCUUAAUUAUCGGAAUUGUAUAUUCGUGGUCAAGCUAAAAUAGAUUUAAUGGUUUUGACACAAUGGAAUCUCGAAAAGCAGCUUUUCGUAAUCCCGAAUUAGUAGAAAAGCUGAGUGCAGCAGUUAAAGAGUUUUUCAAUUUACAUGAUCCUAUUUUAAGAGUGAAUGAUUCAUACAAUAUUAACAUAAUAUUGAAUAAAAAUGGAAUCGAGAUAGGCAUAUCUGAAACAAAAUUUGAUCAAACAAUGGAACACAAUCUUGAACAGAUAGAAAAUUUAAAAAAAACAAUUGCCACUCAAAAUACAGAAAUUUUGAAUCUUAAAGAUGAAAUGGCUAAAUUAGAAUCGGGUGCUAAUAAAAACGAUAAACAGCUGAGAGAGAAGAUUGCCGAUCUGGAAUACAAAGUUAGAACCGAAACUCCCAGCCCCAAAGUUGUAAGUAGUUUUGACGAUCCCCCCGGCAGAUCUGGUUGGACUGUAAUUCAGUGUCGUAAAACCGGACAGCUUGAUUUCAUUACGGAGAGCUAUUUGUAUAAUAUCGGCUUUGGUGAUCCAAGUAAUGAGUAUUGGAUUGGUUGCGAGAAACUGCAUAAGAUCACGAAUAGCCAACGUCAUGAACUAUAUAUUGACUUGGAGGACUGCACUGGAAGGCAAUUCUUUGCUCGGUACAGUAACUUCUCAAUAGGCAGUUUAGAAGAAAAGUACAGACUUAAGUCCCUGGGAAAAUACUCUGGAAAUGCCGGCGAUGCUCUGCGAGACCAUGAAAAUCAGAACUUUGAAUUCUACAACAAUUGGAAAGGCGUAUACAAAUCAUUUUCUUGGUGGACGGCUCAAAGUUUUAAAUGUAAUUUAAAUGGAAACUACAACAUAACGAAGACCAAUUUAAUACCAGAAGGAUUUUGGUGGGGUGAAUUGUAUUCUCUAAAAUAUUGUAAAAUGAGCAUUAGACCAAACAUGGAGUAAAUUAACAUAUAUGGUUCAACAGUUGAUACACCCAGAGGAAAAUCAUAACAAAUUUAAGUUGAUAACAAAGAUAUUAAUCAAGUACAUUGAGCCCAAUCUGAUAAUUUUACUUAGCUACUCAGUUGGAGUACACAUUUUCCGGAAGCAGAGAACUCCUGUGUUUGACCCAUUCCCAAAACUAUUUUAAAUUAAUUAGUGUUUAAUUAACACAAUUAAUUAACAACAAUUGUAAAUUCACGAUCUUUCUCUGAGCGAAAUGACCUUCCAGCUCAGCAAUAGUUAUUAGAGCCCUUACAUCCCGCGUCAGUCAACUUGACUGUCAGA